AUGGCGACUGCCGAAAAGACCAAAGAGCAGCCCAAGAAGCUUCCCGUCCAGGAGGACCUCUCCGACGGUGAGGACUAUGACAGCGCCGAUGAUUAUACCGACGAAGAAUCAGAAGAGGAAAUCCCCCAGACCCAGAAGAAGAAGCAGCUACAAAGGCGGAAACAGCCUGUCCAACAAGACUCGGAAGAUGAAUAUACCGAUGAAGACGACUACGAUGAAUAUGACUAUUCGGACGACGAUGGCGACGAUGCCAUGCAACCCUACUCCAAACAAAACUCAAGCUUCAAACCCAACGGCGGGAUGGACGUGCUCCACAAGGAUGAACCAUCAAUGCUGGAUCAGGAGGGAAUGAAGCUGAGGUUGGAACUCAACCUGGAGAUUGAGGUGGAAUUGAAGGCACGCAUUCACGGCGAUCUUACCUUGGCUCUCAUGUAA